CGGCGAUGGGAGUCACUACGAGCACGUGGGCGGCCGAGAGCUCGGAUCCCACGACAACCUCUCCCCUCCCUUCGUCAAUUCCAGGAUCCAAAGUAAAUCGGAGCGAGGCUCCUUCUCCUCCUACGGCCGCGAUUCCAAUCUCCAGGGCUGCCACCAGAGAUUUGUCGGGAAUUCCGAGGGAGAUGAGCUGGGAUAUUCCAGGAAUUCUGAGGGAAUUCCCGCUGGAAUUGUCGGGAAAAGAGGAAUCGCUUGGGAUUCAGGGGCGUUCCCUAAAAAAAUUCCCGAAGGAUCCGGGAGAGUUGAAUUCCAUGGAAAACCGGAUUUGAUUUUAAGGAUCCAUCCCAAGCAGAGCCUGCUGGGCGGGGAGAUGGAUCUGGCCACGCCCGGAGCGCUGUCCCCCAGCAAACCGGGAUCCCAGUUCUACCAGUACGGGGGCAGCGCCCGCCGGAGACCCCUGCACGGCUCCUCCGUGGAAGUUCAGACAAAGAAAGUCCGGAAGGUUCCUCCGGGUUUGCCGUCCUCCGUUUACGCUCCGUCCGCCAGCACCGCCGACUACAACCGGGAUUCUCCGGGAUAUCCGUCCUCCAAACCGGCAUCCAGCACUUUUCCCAGCUCCUUCUUCAUGCAAGAUGGGCACCACGGCAGCGACCCCUGGAGCUCUUCCAGCGGGAUGAGCCAAGGCGGAUACGGCGGAAUGUUGGGAAACUCUUCCCACAUUUCCCAGUCCGGCAGCUACUGCAGCCUGCACCCCCACGAGCGCCUGAGCUAUCCGUCGCACUCCUCGGCCGAGCUGGGCUCCGCUCUGCCGCCGAUGUCGUCGUUCCACCGCGGCUCCGCCCACUUCAGCGCCUCCUCCUGCACCCCCCCGGCCAACGGCGCCGAGCCCGGCCUGGCCAAUCGAGGCAGCGGAGCGGCCGGAAGUUCUCAGACCGGAGACGCGCUGGGAAAAGCUCUCGCUUCCAUUUACUCUCCAGAGCACACCAACACCAGCUUUUCAUCCAACCCUUCGACUCCGGUCGCGUCUCCCCCUUCUCUGGCAGGAACGGCCGUUUGGUCUAGGAAUGGAGGGAAUGGAGCUCCCGCGGCUUCAUCGCCCAAUUAUGAGGGGCCCUUGCACUCCUUGCAGAGCCGGAUCGAGGAUCGCCUGGAGCGCCUGGACGACGCCAUCCACGUCCUUCGGAAUCACGCGGUGGGAGCCGCGCCCGCCAUGGCCGGAGCGCACGGAGACGUGCACGGAAUCAUCGGAGCCGCCCACAACGGAGCCAUGGCCGGGCUGGCUUCCGGAUACGGCGGCGGCCUGCUGGGCAGCCGGCACGCCCUGAUGGUGGGAGCUCACCGGGAGGACGGCGUCGGCCUCCGCGGGAGCCACUCGCUGGUGCCCGGCCAGGUGCCGGUGCCGACGCUUCCGGUGCAAUCGGCGACGUCCCCGGAGCUGACCCCGGCCCAGGAUCCCUACCGGGGAAUUCCCACGGCUCUCCAAGGGCAGAGCGUCUCAUCCGGCAGCUCCGAGAUCAAAUCCGACGACGAGGCCGACGAGAACCUGCAGGAUCCGAAGGUUUCCGAGGAAAAGAAGCUGGAAGAGGAUAAGAAGGAGAUCAAAUCCAUAACUAGGUCAAGAUCUAGCAAUAACGACGACGAGGAUCUGACCCCGGAGCAGAAAGCGGAGCGGGAGAAGGAGCGGCGCAUGGCCAACAACGCGCGGGAGCGGCUGCGCGUGCGCGACAUCAACGAGGCCUUCAAGGAGCUGGGCAGGAUGGUGCAGCUCCACCUGAAGAGCGACAAACCCCAGACCAAGCUGCUCAUCCUGCACCAGGCCGUGGCCGUCAUCCUCAGCCUGGAGCAGCAGGUCCGAGAACGGAACCUGAAUCCGAAGGCGGCGUGCCUGAAGAGGCGGGAAGAGGAGAAGGUCUCCUCGGAGCCUCCGCCGCUGUCGCUGGCGGGACCCCACGGCGGGAUGGGCGACGCCUCCAAUCACAUGGGACAGAUGUAACAAGAUCCGAGGCUCCGGAGAAAUCUCCAUCCCGCUCCUUCCGUAUUUCCCCGAUCCCAUAAAAACCCCUUUGUUUUUUGUAAGAUACCGACAAGUCUGAGUAAUUCCGCAAUCCCAGACGCGUGAGAUUCCAGCAUUCCCGAGGAAAAAUCCCGGAAAAAAAAAAGAGCCGGAAAAAAAACGAAACAAAACAAAAAAACUUCGGAAAUUCCGAGCGGAGAGACUGGACCGGCAAAUUUUUUUUUUCCGCACUGUGGGACGACUUUGUGCCUAAAAAAUUCCUGAUUUUUGGGGUUUUUGGAACAAAAAGAAAAAAGGAAAAAAAUCCUUAAAAAAAAAAAAUUCCAUA